UCAUCACAUGAUUAAGAAUAUGGAGCCUCAGAUAGAGGUAGUUCAUCACAGAAACAGUAGAAGACAGACCAACGGGGGAUCAAUCAACAAUGGUGACCAGCCAUACGACCACAGCUCCUGCUUUGCUAAGAAGGUCACCUUUUGGCACCAGUUCAGAGCAUUGUUUUUAAAAGAUCUGUCUCUACAGUUGAAGUCUUAUGUGACUAACAUUUGCCAGUUACUGGUUCCAGUUAUAUUCAUAUGUUUUGCUGGUAUCAUUCAAGUGGUCCUCAAUCAUUUCCUACACAAGAAUGGAGCACUUGUACCUGGAUCCAACUCACUGCUACUCCCCUAUGAUGUGUCACGUGUCAUUAAUUGUAAUGACAGUGCUCCUCCUUAUAACGAUACUCCUGAUAUUUGCUAUGACGAAGUCUUUAAUUUCCUGACAUCUUUUGAUAUUGAUGCUCUUCCACCAUUACUCCUUGAUGGUAAAGUCCCUCAGUUACAGAAUACAACAUUUGCUGAACUCAUCGAUACAUUAAUGGAGAACAGCACUGUGCCAAAACAACAAGUCCUGUUUGAUUUGCCUUAUUAUUAUUUUGGAAAGAGCCCAUCAGUUAACUUGGAUAGCAGAUUUGAAGAUCUCCUCAUUGCUACUCCAUUGUUAUUCAAUUUCUCUUUAAAUUUCACCAUCAACCCUCAUUACAGGCACAGGUACUUUGAUGAGGACAUACAGGAAGAUGAUGACAAUGUACAAAUACCAUUUGUAGUUUCAUUUCCAAAUGAUAAAAUAUCAGAUUUACAAAAACAUCUUGUUGAGGUUGUAAGAAAUUACAGUGUUUUAGCUGGUACAUCAUCAACUGGUAAUGAUCAAUAUAACAGGAAUUAUGAGGUCACUGCUCAGUCACAGGAACAAUAUAAUACUACAUUGAAUUAUGUUAAGGGAAGAGAUUAUAGCAAAGUGAAGCCACAUGGUGCUAUAUACAUAAACUCAUUCACCAGCACCAGCUCUUCAGUUAAUAUUGAUUAUACUAUCAUAGCAAACGAGAUCUCAUUAUACUCAGUGAGGGAUUUCUCAUUCAAAGAAGAGGUUGGAAGCUCCUCUGUUGAAGUACAAAGGAGGAAUACACUAAUGAAUAUGGCUCAUAAUGCUAUCCUUAAGCAUCAAUUAGAUCCAUCAGAUACCAGUUAUACUAAUGAGUCACUAAUAGUUACUUACAUAAUGCCACUGUAUCCACAUGAGGCUAAUCUCACUAUUGAUGUUACUAAUCUUCUUGGCGGAAUACUCUAUCCUUUUGCAGCCUCUUUCCUAUUCCCUGUAUUCAUAGCUGCUCUUGUUAAGGAUAAGUUUGAACGUCAUUUGAUAAUGAUGGAACAGAACGGACUGAACAGGAUCACCUACUGGACCAUCACUUAUAUAUUUAAUUAUAUCAUUUAUAUCAUAAUUGCUAUUGUUAUAGCAAUCUGUUCUAUUCUAUGGAAAGUCAGAUUAUUCACGCAGACGAGUCCACUUCUUAUUACUAUUAUAUUUCUUUUGUGGGGUCACUCUCAAGUUGUGUUAGGUUUCUUUUUUGCUAAUUUCUUCAAUCGACCAAGAACUGCCACCAUCGUUGGGUACAUACUAGUCAUUGCUGGAGUUAUGGUCGCAAUGGUACUAGAAUUACUACAAGUGUUUCCUGAUGAUCAAAAUCCUUUGUUUGUGUACAUGUUAUAUCCUCCAUUCGCAUUUUACAGGCUAUUGUUUUAUAUGAUAGAUGCUUGUGGUUCCUACCAGUGUUAUGGUAUGGAUAUACUCUCGCCUAAAGGAGGCCUCAACCUUGUUACAACAGCUAUACUCUAUCUUGCUGGCUCAACUGUAUUGCUAAUGUUUGUUAGUGUUUAUCUGUCUUAUGUACUCCCGACUGAGUAUGGAGUCAGGAAGAGUCCUUUCUUUCCUCUUAUUGCUUUAUACAAGGGCUUUUUGUGGAUACUAAAGAAAAUUGGUUUUCGACAGAAAUGUGAUCCAAAAGAACUGAGCACUCCAACCAGCCCCAGAAGACGCAAUAAUAUAUCAAUAAGUAUAACUAAUGAAGAGAUUGAUAAUGAAGUCCAGCAAGAAGAGACGCUGGUUGACAAUGAAUACAACUUAUUAGAUGCACCCGUGAUCAUAUCUAGACUCAGAAAAGAGUAUCCUGGUUCUGGUGGUAAACCUCCUCACGUUGCUGUAGAGAGUUUCUCACUAGUCGUUAAUCGUAACGAGUGCUUUGGAUUACUUGGACCCAAUGGUGCUGGUAAGACAACUCUCAUAUCAGUCCUCACUGGUCUCUAUGAACCAUCCUCUGGAUCUGCUAAAGUAGCUGGAUAUGAUCUUGCUACACAAAUAUCUGAUAUUCAUCAUCACCUUGGUGUCUGCCCUCAAUUUGACAUACAGUAUCCUGAACUGACUACUGAAGAACACCUCUUGUUCUAUGCUAGACUGAAAGGAGUUAAAAUAGGCAAAGCCAGCAUUGUAGUGAACAGAGCACUUAGACAAGUUAAUUUGUAUGAUGCACGUCGCAGAAGAUCAAAGCAGUUAUCUGGUGGAAUGAGACGUCGUCUGUCAGUAGCAAUGUCUUGCAUUGGUAACCCUGACAUAUUGAUAUUGGAUGAGCCAACGACUGGACUAGAUCCUGCCUCGAGGAGACAAGUGUGGGAGGUCAUAGAGAGAGUUAAAGAUGGAAGGAGUGUCAUACUGACCACUCACGCAAUGGAGGAAGCUGAUCAUCUCUGCACUAGAAUUGGUAUUAUGAAUUAUGGUCGUCUGAGAUGCUUAGGCUCUCAGACUCGUCUGAAAGCAAAAUUUGGUGAGGGCUAUCAAUUAAAAUUUCACUGCAUGCCAGGAAAAAUAAGACAAGUUGAGAGAUAUGUACAAGCCAAUGUAGCCACUGCCAAGCACAUGGAAACCUAUGCUGACUCAUGUACAUAUCAAAUGGAAAAGGAAGAUGUGGUAGUGAGUGAAUUGUUUGAGCUAUUUGACAAUGUGAAGAAUGAGAUUGGUAUUGUUGACUGGGGAAUAAAGAUGACUACUCUUGAAGAUGUAUUCCUCAAUAUUGUUAAAAGUCAUGCUGACACUAGAAAUGAGUUAGGAGUCUCCAGGUGUCCUGUUUGGUUCCCUUGCCAAUGCUGUUAUAAAUCAAGGACUGAAUAAAGUUGAUGAUACAGAGAGAAUACUUUAAUAUUAUUUAACUGAUGCUUAUAAUAUAGAGAUUGAUAUUUUAUUUUUAUUUUGAAUGCAGUUUAAUAUAAUUAAGUCAUUGAAAAAAAUGAUGCAUAGUUUCCAGUCAAAAAGAACUCUUUGUUUUUAACUU